AUGUUGAAAUUUAUUUUAAUUUUAAUUUCUCAUAUUUUAAUUUCAUUUAUUAGUCCCAACCCUAUCAUGGAACUAUCAUCGCUAACACCUGCUACUUCCACUACUUUUGAUAAUAUAGCUUUCAUUAAGUUAGGAUCAUACAGAGGAUUCAAUAACGAUGGAAUCGAAUACCAAAAAACUUAUUUUUUUCCUAGAUUCUCUCGACCAGAUUGGGCUGGAUCAAGAUCAUUUUGCAGUUCUUAUAAAAUGGAUUUAUUGACACUAGAGACCAAAUCAGAAGAGCAGUCACUGUUAAAUUUUCUUGAUACCAACAGUUACUUAAGAACUGUCAAUAGUUUUUCGAUGUUUAUAGACGCUAUUUCAGUUGCAUGAAAGUCAAAAACUGAAUGGUAUUGGACUGAUACUGGAAAUAAAAUUUCAUUUCCUAUGUCAUGGAUUGGAAAUGAACCUGACAAUAAAACAUAUUACGAAUAUUGUCUUUUAAUCUUCAAAAAUACUAUUAAUGAAAAAUUUGGGUUUGGAGACGGAGAUUGCAAUAUUGCUAGAUAUCUUGUUUGUCAAAAAAUUGACUUUAUAAUGUCUUAA